UUCUUCUGAGCCUGACGAUGGGAAAGCCCCCUGCUGCCUGCAUCCAGUCCAGGCAUCUGUCUGUGCAGGCUUGUCCAGUGGGAGGCAGCACCAUGACCUUUAUGGUUCUUCUCUGCCUUGGACUGUGUCUGAGCCAGAUGACCCAUGUGCAGGCAGAGACCCUGCCCAUACCCAUCAUCUGGGCAGAGCCAGAUCCUGUGGUGGCCCAGGGGAAGCCUGUGAGCAUCUGGUGUCAGGGAUCUCAGAAUGCUGACCAGUACUGCCUGUACCGGGAAGGGGUCCCAGAGCCCUUGAGGAGGGAGUUUCCCCUGGGACCCAGCAACAAGGCUAAGUUCCCAUUCCCACACAUGACCUACCACCUUGCUGGUCGCUACUCCUGCUUGUAUCACAGACAAACAAGCUGGUCAGUGCCCAGCAAGCCUCUGGACUUGGUGGUCACAGGAAUGUUCAACAAACCCAGCCUCUCAGCCCUGCCCAGCCCCAUCGUGACCUCAGGAGGGAGCGUGGCCCUCCAGUGUGGCUCAUGGCAGGAAUUUGACUGGUUCGUUCUGUGCAGCAAAGAAGGAGAGGGCCACCCCAGGCACUUGGACUCACAGCACCAAGCUGAUGGGUGGUUCCAAGCGCUCUUCACUGUGGACCACGUGAGCCCAAGUCACAGGCAGACAUACAGGUGCUAUGGUUAUUUCUCGAGCUCCCCCUUUGUGUGGUCUACCUCCAGCCACGUUUUGGAGCUCCUGAUCUCAGGUGUGUCUAGGAAACCAUCCCUGUCAGUCUUGCCAGGGCCAGUGGUGGCUCCUGGGCAGAGCCUGACCCUCCAGUGUCACUCUGAUGUCGGCUACGACAGAUUCGCUCUGACUAAGGAGGGGGCAGGUGACCCUCCCCAGAGGCUUGGCUGGCAGUCCCAGGCUGAGCUCUCUGGGGCAGACUUCCCCCUGGGCCCUGUGAGACCCUCCCACGGGGGCCGGUACACGUGCUAUGGCGGACACACCCUCUCCUCCGAGUGGUCGGCCCCCAGUGAACCCCUGGACAUCCUGGUCGCAGUCCAGCUCCCACAGGGGCCACCUCCCACCCUGUCUGCGCAGCCCGGCCUCCCCGUGGCCGCAGGAGAGAAUGUGACCCUGCGGUGUCAGAGUGCCAGCUUCUUUGAUGCGUUCCUUCUGUCCAAGGAGGGAGAGGCUGGGCCACCCCUGCACCGCAGGUCUCAGCACCAAGGUGGGGAAUUUCAGGCGGACUUUCCCUUGCGCUCCGUGACUCUGGACCGCGGUGGGACUUACAGGUGCUAUGGGUCACUCAGCAGCACCCCUUUCCUGCUGUCGCACCCCAGCGACCCCCUGGAGCUCGUGGUCACAGGGGUUCCUGCUGCUGUCACCUCAUCACUGCAGACCCCAGACUCCACAAGUUGCAUGGCGCAGCCAGACAGGUUCCCAAGGUGAAACCAAGAGGUAAAUGGAGGAUGGCGCUGCACAUUCUUUGGGGUUUGAGAAUCUUAGAACAGAAUCACACCUACACAGAAGGCUGCAUUAACCCAGAAGAUUCUGAAGUGGUCCAUGAACUGUGUGAACUCUGUGCUGAAAACCUAAAGGCAAUGAAGCGGUGUUGUCUGUGCAGGAGGCAAGGACAAGGCUGGGAGAGCUCCCUGGAGGAGGGUCCUCCACCAUGAACCCUGCCCCCUGCUUUGCUGUCUCCUUAGUGUCUGGCUUCUCUUAUUCCCUCACCCUAAUGACAUGAGGCUUUAUCCACAUGAACAUUUGUGUCCAUAACUCCACUCAAUUUUUUUGGUUCUGCUCCAACACUGUGUAUCACAGAAGUCUUUUUAUCACAUGCACACUCCCUGAUGUGUUUCCAGUCCGUGCCUCCAGCUCUAAGUGCAGAGACUCAGGUAAUGCGGCUGAGCAAACGUUUAGAUGGAUUGAAAUUUAUAUCCAGCCUGGAAGGUGCAAGCCCAGAACGACAUUCCAACCCAACCCCUGUCUGGGAUUCUGCAGGCUUCUCUCUCUUCACCAGGUGCUUCCUGCAUGGCUCCUCCCCCAGCAUCAGCACCUGGAAUCAGCACUCUCCCAUAUGAGCCUCUGGUGCUUUCCCGUGUAACUGUUAGUGAUGAUGGCUUUUUCAGGGCUGUGGUGCCAAUUAAAUGAGAUUGUA